UUUCAGUCUCUGCUCAGCAUUCUUCUUUUGCUCGCCAACGAGCGGCUCGACCCGGCGAGCACCGGGCGGCUCGUGCGGGUCCGCCGUGGCGCCGUGGUGGCGCCGGGUCCCAGCACCGGCGCCGGGUCGGCUGAUCUCCCAUGUUCAACUGCUGCUGCGUAGGUCAGGAAGCGACUGAGGAGGCGCAGUCGAAGCAGGUCGCUAUCAAUGGCCAAAGCACGAACAAGUACUCAAGACCGGACGAUGGUGGAGAUGAUCAGUCUGAAACAAAGACCAACGCCAACUCUCCAGCUGGGCGACGACCCUCGGUCCGGUCCACCAACCAGACCUCUCCCAGAGAAUAUCACGAGGUUUACGAAAACGGGGUGGAGCACUUGGCGUGGCUGAAUCAGUCUCUGAAGCACCUUUGGCCGGAGAUGAGCGAGGCCGCGAGGGCAAUUGCACACAGCAAAGUCCUCCCAGUGAUCAAAUCCAAGCUCAUAGCGAAGGGCAAGGGUGCGAUCACUGAUGUGAAAUUCGACCAGUUCACUCUGGGCUCUCAGCCUGUGGUGCUUGGGCCUAUCCAGGUGUCGCGCAUGCCACGGGGGUCAGUCCGGAUCCGGGUGCUGCUCGACUACAGGUCGGACAUGCACGUUGGCCUGGAUCUGGAUACAUCCUACGGCAAUUGGCGUUUUGGGAUGAAGGACUUUCGGAUCGUGGGCGAGAUGGUCCUGCGUGUCCGCCCCCACAUUCCCGACUCUCCGGGCACCGGCGGCGUUUCAAUCUUUUUUGUGGAUCCGCCAAAGGUGGACUUCACGUUUUCCGGAAAUAUGUCGUUUGGCAAUUUCCCCUUCAUCAAGGAAGCCAUCAGGCAUGCAUGCGACUCGAUCAUCGCAGACAUGUUUGUUCUGCCCAAUGUAGCUUCGCAGCACAUGAGCCUGACCGAUCUCAAAAUGUACCCCUUGGUGUUCUCGAGCCCUGUGCCUGUGGGAAUUCUGCGGGUGACUCUGGUGCAGACCAAGUUGGAUGCAAAGGAUAUCCUACUUCCGGAGGACCAGCACGCCAAGAAGCCAACAGCAGGCAUCUUUCGGAGGAUGGCCUCGGGUGUUGGGAAGGUCUUAAAGGGUGUGGCCUAUGCGUGGGAAGAGACCGAGGAAUUCUUGGAACGACAAGUCGGUUCCGUCAUUGGCGUCACCACCGAGCCGUACAUGAAAUGGCAACUAGGCCAACAAGUGUGGAUGCCAGACUUCAAACCUGGUGCGUCCUUCAACUUUGCGAUGUACGAUCCUGAGCAGCAUUUGCAAGUGUCCCUGUGGGACCGGGACCUGCUUUCUCAAGACGACCUGAUGGGUGAGAUCAAGCCCAUCCAAGCCAUCAAGGCGAUCAUGCACUCCGAGGAGUCGAUCUCUUUGAUCAUCCCAGGCGAAGAAGGCCGACAAGCGGGUACCUUCUCGGCCAAGAUCGAGUUCUUGGUGACCUCGCCUGGCCUUGACAGCAGGGAGGGCUAUGUGGUGGUCAUCCGCGUCAGAGAGAUUCUGCAGGCUGGAUCCGGUCUGAAGGGCAAAAGGCUGGCAGUCCGUGCCACCUUCAAGGAGGAACAAAUCCUUACGAAGGCAGGCGCUGGGAUGUUGGACAUCACUGAGACGAUUCCUGCCAAGGCAAUGUUGAAGAAGAUCCAGGACAACAUGAAGCAAGAAGGUGUUGAAGAAACCACAAUUGACAAGAUCUUGGAUCUCACAGCGUUGCAGCAGAGCCGCAUUGCAAUGAAUCGGUCCUUGCACUUUGUGGUCUCGAACGAGGAUGUGAAGACAGAGCAGGUGCACUUGAGUCUGGUUGAUAUGGAUGUGUACAACCAGAAGAAGGGCAAAGACCGAAAAGCGACACCGAGAUCACCAAGGCCAAUUGAGGAGGAUGAGGACGAGGUGGUUGCCAGCAAGGAGAUCUCGCUGGCGGAGUUGUACGGUUCAACAGGCUUUGCAAUGCCUGGGCCUUUUGAUUUCUACAGCGACAUGUUUGGUAAGAUUGAAGUCAAGAUGCAUGUCCACCUGCCACUCAGCUUGGAUAUGGUCUCUUUUCCUGCUCAGUGAAGUGCAAUGCAGAGAGUUGACCCUUGUUGCAAAAUGACCGUUUCGACCAGAAGGUGAUCGAGGGGGUGGCGGAGGUCUCAUGUUUUUCCUGCACCAUCUCAUCCAACCUAAGGGUAGGAAGAAACCUUGGUCGGAACGCAGACGGAGCAAGGGAUCUUUCGAUGCACCAUUUCCUUUAUUUUGAUAUUUCCUGCUGCGAUUAUUCUGCCGGGGCAGUCUACGCGCUCCAUGCAUCCUUCGCUGUGUGCCAGGAGCGGCUUAGAGCCCUGUGACACCGAAUUCGCAGACAAUAUGGCAGUCGAUGAGGAUAAGAUGGCUGCGGAGGUAGAAGAGAUCCUACAGGAAAUGUAAAUGUGGCCCAUGUAACCCGCGCGGUUGCUCACCUGCUCCAUCUUGAAGAGACUUGGAGCCUGAGCUCGUGGCCAUGCCAUGCGCCAUACGCGAGGUCUCAUGCAUUUUCCCCAAUGCCGAACGGUCUCAUGCACCGA